AUGUUCCGCACCCCAAUUGCCCGCAGCGUUGUCGGCGCCGCCGGUGCCCGCGCAACUGGAAUGGCGGUUCGAAAUCAGGUCCGAUGUGCUUCGGCUCAUGCGAUUAGUAACCCGACGUUGGCGGAUAUUGAGAAGAGGUGGGAGGGCAUGCCACCGCAGGAACAGGCAGAUCUGUGGAUGAGCUUGAGGGAUCGGAUGAAGAUUAAUUGGGCAGAGUUGACUUUGCAGGAGAAGAAGGCUGCUUACUACAUUGCUUUUGGCGCCCAUGGACCACGAGCUCAAACCCCUCCAGGAGAAGGAUGGAGGGUCGCCGCGUACACAUUCGCUGGAGUCGGUGUUUCCCUCGCCCUCUUCCUUUUCAUCAGAAUGUUCGCCAAGGGAAGCCCAUCCACCAUGAACAAGGAAUGGCAGGAGGCUACUAAUGAGUACUUGAAGUCACAAAACUCCGAACCCAUCAGCGGUAUCUCCUCCGAAGGAUACGUCGGCCCCGGCCAAGUGCAAUCCGCCCCCAAGAAGAACUAA